GGCUGUGCCAGCUGCACGUUUCGUUCUCCCCCAUGUGCCCGCUGUGCUUGCCCCGUAGCUACGUGCUGGGCCCGGCGGCCAUGCGGCGGCUGGCAGACACCACGGUGCUGGUGUCGGGGAUGAAGGGGCUGGCUGUGGAGAUUGCCAAGAACAUCAUCCUGGCUGGGGUGAAAUCCGUCACCGUGCAUGACCCGGGCAAGGCCCAGUGGAGCGACCUCUCCUCGCAGUUCUUCCUCUCCGAGAGCGACAUAGGCCGGAACCGGGCCCUGGCCUCCCAGCGGCACCUGGCUGAGCUCAACAGCUACGUGCCUGUGACCACUGCCACCGGGGAGCUGGCCGAGAGCUUCCUGGCAGCCUUCCAGGUGGUGGUUCUGACCAACUCGCCCCUGGAGGAGCAGCUGCGCGUCAGCGACAUCUGCCAUGCUCACAACAUCCGCUUCGUCCUGGCUGACACCAAGGGGCUGGCCGGGGAA